AUGGAGCACGACCGAACAUCCCACAUCUUUCUACGUCCCGAUCGCCCGUCCACCCGACUGUUUAAAGCAUGUCGUCGCUGUCGGAAACAGAAGAUGCGCUGCGAUGCUCGCCACCAGGUACCGUGUACGCGCUGUAAAUCGGCCGGUCACGAUUGUCUGGUGGAUCCCAUCCAGCGCGGGCGUUCGCAGCGAGACGACCACCGACGAUACGGCCGGGAUCGAGAUCCUCUCUCUCCCAGCAGUUCCCGUCUCUCUCCAGAAGCAGGCGAGUCCUCGCUCCUGGAAUCACCACCGGACAGCUCGCGCCGCAACAGCCGCCACGGACUAGAAAUCCAGCAAUUCAGUCCCCAGGAGAUGAUCGCGCCGCAGUCAGCCAUGCACUCCAUCUCUGUGAACCUCGGCGGCUCCACAGACGAGAUCUUCGUUGGGGAGCCCUCCUCGUCCGGACCCGGGGACCCAGCCAGCGACAUCGUCGCCCGGGGCAUCCUGCCCGAAGAGCAAGCGCGCGGCAUCUACGAGCGCUUUGUGACAGGGAGCAAGAACUUCCUGCCAUUGUUCGAUCCCAUCCGCGAUACCUUCGACUCGAUCCGUAGUCGCUCGCUGUUCUGCUUCUCUGUCAUCCUGUACCUGGCUAGUCGCGCGGUUCCGGAGCUGCGUGGUGACGGACACUUGCAGCGCGUACUGCAGGACGAGGCGCAGCGGCUCGCUGAGGAUAGUUUCUUCGAACGCCCGACGAAACUGGAGACUGUGCAGGGCAUGAUCCUGUUGGCUGCGUACUCGGAGAAAACGUGGUUCUCAACGGCGCUGAUUCUGCGCACGGCGUUGGACUCGGGACUCGAGCGCUCGUUGGAUACACUGUUAGAGCAGACGGAGAUCCCCCGUAGUUAUAUAUCGGCGUCGUUGGAGGAUCGCAAGUUGGUGUGGCAGACGAGGACGUGGCUGAUUAGUUUCACGCUAGAGUUGGAUGUCGCAUCGGGAACGGGCAGGAAGUCUCGGUUGAGUGAAGUCGACGUGGUGAAGCUGAAGCGGUUUCUAGAGUAUCCACUCUCGCUGCCGAGUGAUAUGCGCAAUGUUUGCAUUAUCGAGUUGCAUCAGCUAAGGGCGCGAUCGCGACAGAUCAUCGAGAGCUCGUCGGCGGCGGAUCUGACGAGCAUCGAGUUACCGGCUGUGAUGACGAGAUUGCAGAAUUGGUGGACGUCGUGGGAUGAGAUUCAUGAUCAUAAUGGCUUCCACGCCGGCGCCUUCCAACGCUGCAGCCUGAAACUGAUGCUCAACUACGCCAAAAUAUUCGUGCUCUGCGCCACCAUCGCGCGCAUCCAGAAGCUCGACCCGGAUUCAUCAGAGCGCGAGUCCGACGUCGUGCUGGGCCUAUGGAAAUCGCUCGUCGAGGUGAUCAUGAACCAGCUCGCCUUUCUCAUCCACGAGACCGCAUACCGAUGCCAACUAACCUGGGCGCCGACCUAUCCGGCCUUGACGAUUGCUUUCGUCACUACAUUCGCCGUGCGCAUCGCGCGCUGGCGUCCCACCCUUAUCGACCAUACCCUGCUCCUGCGCCGCGUGCAGCAAAUCAGCGACUUCAUCAAACUCCCGCCCUACCCGGACAUCCACCGCACGGUGUCCAUCUUCGUGCGCUACGCCGGCGCCUUAUCAGCCAACCGCGGAUCCUGCCACACCGCUGGCCAACAACCCUCAUCCCAGCACCAACCCGACAGCAGACCACAUGCCCAGGCGCACGGAGGCACCAAUGCACCAUACGAGCCGAACAUGCUCGAGACCCACAAUCCUAGCCAGAACACUAACAACAGCAACAGUAGUCAUAACCUGUCAGGCGCACCUUCGGAGGAUACCGCCCUUUCUGCAGCAGGGACAGGGACAGGGGCAGGAACAGGGAAUGGAGCCGGACACGCGGCCACGAAUGGGAACCUGAAUGCCGGCGCCGGCGCCGGGGGAGGAGGUGGGCCCGGAACGUCGAUCAUGAGCAUGGAAGUGCCCAACUGGACGCUGUCGACGCCGAUUGCGGAUUCGUUUGGGUUGUUCGAGGAGGGCCAGACGGAUGUGUUUGAUUUUUUGCCUGCCAUGGCGGGGAUGUAA